AUGGCGGCUAGAAAUAUGCAGACUGCAGAGUAAAUUCUAGCUUUGUUUCGUGUUUAUAUGACUGAUCUAAAUGAAUUUCGUUGUGAUUACUGCAACUUUGUAUGUUGCAGUGAUGACAGUACAUUAUUUUUUGCACAUUUAGUAAUAAAAGUUUCACUCAAACGAACCAAAUUUUGGAGUAUAUUGUCGUUGCUGUCCAAGAUCGUUUAAGAAGGUAAACACUCUUCAAAAACAUUACACACGAAAACAUAAAAACUUGGAACUUGGACAAGAACCAAAUUUUGGGGAGGAAGGGACCGAGGAGUUCGAAGAAAGGGCAGCUCAAAGUGACUUGCAAUGCCAUGCCGCCAAGUUCCUUCUGUGCGCAAAAGCACAAGGAAAUCUUACACAAAGUGCCGUGGAUUUGGUCAAAGACUCGACGAAGAAUCUACUUGGAGAGUAUUUGGACAUAGUAAAAAAAUCCCUCAUCGCUAAAUUACGUGAGACUGGGGAUCACGAGAUUCAGUUUUCUCAGGACAUGGAAGAAUUGUUUUCCUUUGAUGAUGUCUUUAAUGGCUUGGAUUUAGCUUACGAGCAAAGAUACUACUUUUUGAAAAAUUUUAAUCUGGUGGUAGGUGAUUUUUACAGUUGUUAUAGGAUACAUCAAUUGAUUACUACAUAUGUACACAAUGGGUUUACCUAACUUGUAUCUAGAACUAAAGUGAUAAGCUAUUUGACUGCCUUGCCGCUCAUACCAGGGCAUGUAAAUAUUUUACUUCCACUGAUAAAACUGAUGUUUAUUGACAGUGAUGAUUUGCUAUAAAAAUUUUCUGUGCAUCGACACCAGGCAUCUAUAAAUGAUGGUUAUAUACCAAGUAACAUGCCAAGUCCAGGUGACUUUGCCAAGGCUAAAGAUAAAUGAGGAUAUAUGAAAUUGAUUUACAUUUUAUAUUUGCAGGAACCUGUGGAAAUAGAGAUGGGGAAAGAAUGGAAGCGCCUUUUUUCAGGAGGAAGGAAGAAACUGAAGCGUACUAGCAUACUUGGUUACCAAAUUCCAUUAUUAAAGAGCCUAGAG